AUUCCAACAGGUGAAUGCGGAACAAGACGCUGCAGAGCGAGCUACUCUUCCCACACCCUGCCCACGCUAACUUCUUCAUCGCUUCUUAAGAUUCUUCUCUUUUCUUCAUCUCCCACUUUCCCCGCUUUACGUCCCAGAUUCUUUUUCUACAGCCAACAUGUCCAACACCGUGCACCCCGAAGUUACAUGGGCUCAGCGCUCCUCCGACUCCGAGCCGGAGCGGAACUACCUCUACGUUAACCUCAAGACCCCCGACGUCCCCAAGGCCGAUGCUAAGCUGAGCAUCACUCCUACCAAUGUCUCUUUCACCGGUGCCUCUGGCAAGGGUGUCACAUACUCCGUCUCCCUCGACCUUUACGCCGAGAUCGACCCCGAGAACAGCAAGGUCAACCACACCGACCGUGAGGUUGAGUUGGUCCUGCGCAAGAAGGAGCUCAAGCUCGAGUACUGGCCCCGUCUCCUCAAGGACUCUAAGAAGGUCCAUUUCCUGAAGACCGACUUCGACAAGUGGGUCGAUGAGGACGAGCAGGACGAGGCUGCCGAGGAUGACUAUGCCAACAACUUCGGUGGCUUCGGCGGUGACGAGGGUGGUGGUCUGAGCAACAUUGACUUCUCCAAGCUCGGCGGCAUGGGUGGUGCCGGUGGCAUGCCCGACCUGAGCGCCCUUGCCGGUGCUGCAGGCGGCGUUCCGGGUGCCGAGGGCGAUGAGGAGGAGGACGAUGAGCUUCCCGAGCUCGAGGAGGCCGAUGGCAAGUCCAAGAUCCAGGAGGUUUCUUAAAUUUUUUGAGCUGUUACUACCCUUUUCUACGGAAUCUUUGAUGACCAAAAAUGAAAAAAUCUGGGAGCUGCUGAUGCGCCUGCGAAGCGAUAUGCCGGAGCUUUACUGGAUUCUUGCUGGGGAAACCCCCCUUUGUUAGUAGAGCCAAGCAACACAGCUCAGCUUGUUGAGCGAGAUUAUACCUCGUUGGCAUGCUUGACCCACGAGGAAUGAUUUUAGGGAGCCCUUUGAUGAAUGAAUGCAGUGGUUAUCAACGUUACCUAAAUUGAGUAAAGAAGCCCUAGAGAACACACA